UGCAAGAAAGAUAUAGUUUUGGCAAUAAUUUGAUACUGUUUCGUAGUUGUGUAGGUGUCGAUAACUGUGGCCUCCCAACCUAAUAAACCAACAAUCAGCGAUGAGCAUCGAUGUGGCUAUGGCUAUGGCUAUGGUUACUGCAACUUCAGCACCUCCUGCUCUUCUUUUCUCCGAUACCAAAUUCCCCUCCUCUUAUGGCUACCUGAAACUCACUUCUACUCACACCAACACCACCACCACCACCCAUCUUUUUAGGGUUUCUACACAACUCCAACUCCAUAGACACAGAGGGGUCAAGUGCCAAGCUGCCGGAGACGACGGUUUAUUGGAACCUCCAACUCCAAGAGUCUAUCAAGGAAUUUACGGCCCCUGGUCCGUUGAUUCCUCCGAUAUCCGUGAGGUCAUUUCAUACAGGUCCGGACUAGUUACAGCUGCUACAUCCUUUGUUCUUGCGUCAUCAACUGCUUUCCUGCCUGAUGAUUUCUUCGUCACUGAUUUCUUGAAGCAAAAUAUCGAUAUUCUGUACGCAAUCGGAGCUACUGGAUUAGGGUUCUCACUGGUUUUGAUUCAUAUUUACGUAACUGAGAUUAAGAGAACUCUUCAAGCGCUAUGGGCUCUUGGUGUUGUCGGAUCAUUUGCAGCAAAAAUAUGUCUCGCUCAACCUGCAGAUGAAAGUUUGAUAAGAUAUGUCAUCGACAAUCCUUCUGCAGUCUGGUUCGUUGGUCCACUAUUUGCAGCCCUAACUGGUCUUGUAUUCAAAGAAGGACUUUGCUAUGGGAAAUUGGAAGCUGGUAUUCUAACAUUCAUCAUUCCCUCAGUUCUUCUCGGACACCUGAGUGGGCUAAUGGAUGAUGGUGUUAAGGUCAGUCUCCUUGGCGUUUGGAUGGCACUUUUUGUUAUAUUUGCAGCUAGAAAGUUCACUCAGCCUAUUAAGGAUGACAUUGGAGACAAAUCUGUGUUUUUGUUCGAUGCUCUGCCUGAGGAAGAAAAGGCAGCUUUGGUAAAGAAACUUGAGCAACAACAGAAGUCCUAAGAAUCAUCAUGUACAUCCAUCCUCACAUUCAUUACAAAUAUACUGUAAUAAUAAACAUCAUCCUGUAACAAAUUUUGAGCUAUAGAUAGAACAAGUUCAUAAACCAGUAAA